AUGACAGGGGGCGACGAUGACUGGCAGGAAGAAUGUUGGCUGCUAGAGCAGGGACAAUUCAAUACCAAUCCCUCAAACUUAAAUGCGCUAAUGAAAAGCAGACAAAAAAUCGAGAUGCAUGAGAAAGCAAUCAUGUAUUCCAUGAUGUUUUUCCAGCCAUUUCCCAAGUCUUUCUGCCCGAAGCUAGGCAAACGUCGCAUCCUAGUUCGAACACAUACCAAGCCACCCACGUUCUACGAGACCGAAGACCGCGAUGGAGAAUCGAGGGAAUUCGAGGCGAUCCGCGUCUGCCGGGGGGCGUUGGAGGGCCCAAGAUCGGCAGACGUGCACAAACUAGCCAUGUGCUGCAGAUCCUUGUACCGAUACACGAACCGCAGCAUGGCGAUGGCUGAAGUUGACUUUGCCAAUGGUUUCUGGACUUGUCCGAAGAUUGUAACCGGAAACCAGGUUGUUGAAGAGAUCAAAGAAUUCAGUGAGUUGUACUCCAGUCUACUCGGCAUCUCUGCCAAUGACGUCAUCGCCAUGGAAGAUCGAGCCUUUUUUCAACUCUUGAUUGAGCGCAAACUACUCUCGUUGGACCCGGAACAAACAGAGCUCACCACUGAUAUGUCUGCAUCCAACUUACACCUCGAUUUGUUUGAUGAUUCUCCUACCAAAUUUCCUUUUGCUGUGCCUCCUGUAUACCGAAACAUAUCGCCUGAGGUGUUUCAGAACGACGUUGCCUACGAUCGGGAUCUCGAAGACGUGAAGCAAUCGAUCGUUCUUUGUGCUUCAAACCCUCACGAGUUUCAGGUGGACUACAGAGUUUCUUCUCGAGACAUCCAGUUGAAGCACUGGAGCACGCAGGGGCUGGUGCUGGGCAUGACGUCGACUGAGAAUCGUCUGAAGGUGAUGCAGCCCUCGCAUGUGGAUGAAGCUUACGAGCUAAAUUUCAAUGUCAUCAACAGCUUAGGAAGAGCUGCCUGA